CGCGCACUCGUGUUCGGAGAGCUGUGACUCGGUGACGACCGCCCAGAAAUUUUGACGUGGCUACUACGUAUUACCCAGUUUACCCACUCCGAUUGCAGCAAACUUGGUGACGAGGAAUACGUAAGUGGUGCCGAAAGGCUUCGACUAUGGACGCAAUCGAAGAGAAGUGCGAUCCCUUGUCAACGACCGCCCCAGAAAGCCCAAUAGCAUCAUCGACAAUGAUGCCGUUCAAAUUACCUCACAAUAUUACUUUAAAGGAACCUCACACAGAUCUAAACCAAGUACAAAGCGUGAUACAACCAAAUCAACAGUCAGUUAUACAGACAGCAGCUAACAUACAGCCCAUACUUGGUAAAGGAAACGUUAUUCUAGUCAGCAAACCGAAUUCUGUUAUACAGACAACGCAGGGGAGUUUACAAGCCUUAAGAGUAGUCGAAACUGCAGGCAGCGACGAUAGUUUCUCAGAUGACGAAUCUCCAAAAAAAAGAAGGGAUCUGUUGACGAGGCGACCAUCUUACAGGAAAAUACUCAACGAUCUUGGCGGGGGUGAGAUUGCUGGUUUUGUUACGAUGUUCGCAGAGCCCAAGGUCGAGCAGAAUUCCUCGGAAGCAGACAGUGAGUUAUCCUCACACUCUAUCCCAUACCACACAGUUUUGCCUGGCACUGCCAUACAAAUAUCCAGCGGAGAGGGAGGACAAGGUCACACACUUACUAUGACCAAUGCAGCGACAGGUGGCGCUAUUGUACAGUAUUCGCCUGGUCAAGAGUUUUUUGUGCCUGUUGUUGCACAAGGAAGUCUCAAUCAAUCAGGCGGAGAAGAUCAAGUGAGAAAACGUGAAAUGCGACUACUGAAAAACAGAGAAGCGGCCCGUGAAUGUAGGAGAAAGAAAAAGGAAUACAUCAAAUGUUUGGAAAACAGGGUGGCCGUAUUGGAAAACCAAAACAAAGCUCUCAUCGACGAGCUGAAGGCGCUUAAAGAGCUCUAUUGUCAGCAGAAGACGGAAUGAGACUAGAUACAUUUUCAUUAUAUAGUACGGGUCAGGUUAAAAAUUGUUGGUGUCGGACAUUGUAUUUUAAUAUUGUAUCUCGAUUUGUUUUGAUUACUGUUAUAUUUAUCUAAUUAUACUACCUGAUUCAUUCUUUUUAUUCAUAUUUAAUUGUUUUUGAAGCUUUAAUUGUUUCCUUUUUUCAAUGUAAUGCCAUUUUGUGUUAAGUUGAUGUUGCGUUAAUGGGUUCAGGAAUGGAAAAUGAAACUACCCUUUUCGUCUUCUUCAAAGGCUACAUGCAAAAAAUAAAUAAAUAAAAUUUGUUGAAAAAGAUGAGAAUCAAUCAUUUUCCAACUCUGCUAUGAUUUAUCGAAUCUCAAUUGAGACCUCAAAAAAAAUAAAUGAAAUCUGGUGGCUUGUUUUUUCUGUGAGGCAUGGGAAAAGUAAGAAAAAUUUAAUAAAAUAUUCAUUUAUGGUUUGCGAAAAAUUUCACUUAGAGUCUGUCCAACUGGUUUCCGUUCGACAGAAUGGCCAUUUGCUUUCCCUGCUUCCACUAUUCUGAAAAUUGGUGAACCGGCACGAUCAAUUUAUCUCUCAAUUGUGAAUCGAUAAAGUAUACUAACUUUUUUGAAUUAACAAUAAUAUAUUGAAAUAUUGUUUAUAUUAGGUAUUACUUAAUAUUGAUUUUUCAAUGUUGGCUAGUGGCAAGAUAGAUUUUUUUUUUCGACGACUAUUAGAGCUUCAUUCCAUCACUAGUGGAAGAAUAUUUAUUCCUCAAUAUCAAUUAUUAAACUGAAUGAUUAUGACUCUCACAUAAAUCACAAGAAUCUAACUAAUUCAAGUACAAAUUCCUGCAACCUAACACCUAACUAUUGAAGAUCAAAAUAUUGAGUAUAUUAUAAUGUAUUGAGCAUCUUAUCUGUUUAUCCCUUAUUUUAUUGGAAGAAGGCUUGUGACAGAACUACAAUUAUUGUAAUUUUUUAAGCCAUUGUAUUGUAAAUAUUUCAAUUUGAAAAUAUUUGCGGAUAAUUUUUUUCAAUCAAUUUUAGUAAAAUUUUGGAAUGUCCUGAAAUAAUUUCAAGGAGACUAUUCUUAACUAUGUGAUUGUUGUUUUAAUUUUGAAGUUUUGUGCUAAAUUGCUCAAGAAAGCAAAAUAUGCUGUAUUUGGACAUUUUGAUACUUAUUAGGUUCGGACCUGCAAGAGUGCCUUGUAUAGAUUUGUAUGUAGCAUCUAUAUUUCAAAGAUAUUUUCUAACACUUUACUGACCUAUUUGGUAAACUGUCAGAAAGCUUUAUGAAAAAAUAUUUAAUUGACAUGGUUAUUGUAAAUAUUGUAUAUUAUAGUUAUGUAUUUUUACAUAUCAAAGAUUAUAAUAAACUUGUAACUACUUUUGCACCCCCAAGGCUAAGACAAUUUUAUUACGAUUUUGAUAAUUACGUAGAGGUUAUUUUAAUAAUUUCGAAAAUCUUAUACCUACCAAUUUGCUUAUUAAAGAACCAUUAUUUCUAAAAUUUAAAAAAGUCUAUUGAAAAUUGGAUUAUUACUAGUCCUGUGUAGUUUUCUUAUUAUGUAUCUAAACUUACUUAUUUUUAAAUUUUUGUACAGAGGGAUGAAAAUGUUGUAUAAAAACAAAGAAAAUUUUUGUUAGUGUCUUAAGCCAAUUUGUACAUAGAAUUUAUAAUUUUAAUAGAUGUUAUUGAAAGUAUUAGUUACACUAUGAAAAAAAAAAUAAAUAAAUGGACUAUUUUACUAUGUUCUCAAUUUGUUUAUUAUUUGUUGGAAGUUUUCAAAUAAAACAAAAUUUUACUAAUAAACGUUUUUUUAUAGUAUCUUCGUUAGUAUAGUUUUAGUCACAUUAGAUCAAAAAUUGUUGUCAAGUGGACUGUUUACUUCAGUAUACUAAUAUUUUGUUCAUGCAGACUAUUCACCAUAGAAAGCCAA